UUGUUACAGGGCUUUCUGUCUGGGUGCUAGUGGCUGAAUGUUGUCCAUAAGAGGCAGCACCAGGUAGAAGCAGAUCUCUUCCUGCUCCACGAAAACAAAUCUUUGUCCCUCCCUUAUAGGCAGGGCUCUACAAAUAUUCUGUCCCAUGGUACAGAAUGAUUGGACCAGCUUCUUCUCGUUGUGUGAUUAGUGGAAGUGGAGUUGAUUGGGAUAAGGCGGUUCCAUUUUGCGAAGCAAUACCUUGUUUUCCACCUCCUAAUAUCGCCCAUGGAUCCCAUAGUCGUGUGGGUGAAGAAGAGUUUGCAUUUGGCUCUGCAGUAACUUACAGCUGUGAGAAAGGCUUCUCUCUUAUUGGAAAGGCCUCCAUUCAUUGUACAACGAAUGAUCGAGUCAAUGGAGAGUGGAGUGGGCCAGCUCCUCAAUGCAAAGUGGUCAAAUGCGAUAAUGUAGACGUUAAAAACGGGAGAAAACUAAGUGGAUUUGGUCCUUAUACUUAUCAAAACACCAUUAUGUUUGAAUGUAUGCAUGGCUACUCCUUGGUCGGCAGUAAUGUGAUUACAUGCCAAGCGGAUAAUUCGUGGUCUCCUGCAGCACCAAUUUGUAAAAAAGGCGAUUGUGGUUCUCCUCCAAGGUUCGUUUUUGCUGAGUUGGCUGAGCAAGCGAGAGAUUCCUAUGUCGCUGGGACCAAAGUGAAAUACUCCUGUCGCUCAGGGUAUGUUUUGAGCAGUGGGAAGUCUCCUUUAGUUACAUGUCUUGCAAAUUCAAGCUGGUCAUCAGAUCCUGAUUUUUGUGAAGCUUCCGACUCUUGUCCACAACUGUUCAUCGAGCAUGGACAUGUAACACAUGAAGAAAAACACCAUAAUGCUGUUGGAGAUGUGGUUAACAUUGAGUGUUAUACAGGCUACUCAUUGCAUGGGCAACCUAAAAUUGAGUGCACUGCUGAACAUUCAUGGCAGCAUGAAAUUCCAAAAUGUAAAUUAAGUUGGUACAUCGUGCUUAUUAUCUGUGUAAUUGUAAUCAUAGCACUGGCACUGGCAGCUAUUUGGAUCUAUAAGAAAUUCUUUUCACAGAAAGGGAAAACAGUCUCCACUUCCCCAACUGCUGCAUACACCCCGAGUAAAGUGAUUGCUUAGGGGAAGGGGCAAUGGUGAAAGUAGUAAGUUAAAGGAAUUUGCAGAAUGAAGGACUACACUUGCACUAAGUUCCUGUAAUGGACUAUUUAUCCACCAUUUUCACCAGAAGAAGAGUUUUUCCUUUUGUGAUUGACUACUGUAGGCAUCAACUGCACUUUUAAGGCAUAAAGCCAGAAUGUAUACCAAUGCAUCCUUUUUAGCUCACUUGCCUGUGUGAAGUUUACUUAUAAAAAAGCUUUGUGCUCACUCUUCUCACCACAACCUGGAAUACUAAGACUGUAUUCCUGCCAUUAUACUGGAUGCCUUUU